AUGCUUCUCAAUGAUGUCGAAAUGAAAGAAGAAUGUGAGGAUAUCGAUGAAGAGGAUCCGGUCGUUUCUGAAUGUAUGCUUCAGUUUGAUGUUGUCGUGUGUAGAACGACACCAAACGGUGAGUUAUAUCGAAUACAAUAUCCCACUCGUAAGUGUGACCCUUACGCUUCGAAACGUGCGAAGGCAAAAUUCAAGAAAUCCGUUAAAAUGUUAGAAAUGAAACUAAUGGCCGAUACAGAAUCGGGUUCAUUUGAUCGAGGUAAAGCUGAACAUCUGGCCACGGUAUCCACUGGCGGUGGUCGACAGCCCGCUGGUACGUCAUCUUCUGCAUCAAAAAUGCUAGAUGAAGAAGUAUACACCGGACAGAGUUUCCAGAAUAUUUCACCGGUUCAUUAUGCGAUUGGUUUUUUCAUUGAUCAUGUUCUUCAUCUGUGUCCAAUGAAAGGAACGUUUGAAAUGCGACGAUCAAUAAAUUACAUAAAUGAGUGUGGUGGUAAGAGCAGUUCGGGCGUGGUGGAUUCUGAAGCUGACGAUAUGGACUCCGAGAACGAGCAGGGACCGGGUCCAGCACCACUGCGGGUUCGCUUUCUGAAGCCGGAAACUGAAAAACAGAAGAAGAGAAGGGAGGAGUCAUCGUUACAUCGUAGUAAAUUGAUUGAAAAAGAUCCAUGGAUCCCGCUCGAUAUACACUCUGAAUUGGAAAGCGUAUCGAAACAGAAACGCGAUGCUCUAAUCUCGCCUCGUGAUCUGAACAAAUCAAUCACGACGGCACCUGAACCCGAAGAUUUAAUUCAGGAAGCAAUCGUUGGUAGCAAAAUGGCUCAGUUGGAUCUCGAGAAAACUGAACAGUUGAUUCCAUUGCGUCGUAUACGUUAUUUGAGUGAUGAGGAUCAAGUUCAUGCAGUCAUCAUUAAAGGUAAUAAAUCGAAUCAUAUUGAUUCUUAUUCGAUCAUUUUGAUAUCUUAUCAGGCCCUGUCGCGUACAAUCAAGCGCUAUUCACGAUGA